CUAGAUUAUGUGAGACAGACAGAGGGAUAAAGAGAAGAGAACGAGAACAUGAACAACAUUGUAGUCUGCGUGACUUUAAUUUUACUGAUAUCAAAUGGGGAGUCUCUACGAUGCUACACCUGUCUUUUCCCAACUAUUGCCCCGUUGGAGUGUAUAAAGUUCCCAGUCACUUGCCCUCCAUCUGAGCAAUGCCUCAUAUCUACAGCCACUGGGAAAAAAGGUAACUUCCAGUUUAUCCUGCGUGAGAGAAGCUGUGCUAUAAGCAGUGUUUGUGGGACCAGUGGAGAGAAAAGCACACUAGGCGUUAAUGUCACCUUCCACAACACCUGCUGCAAGACUGACCUCUGCAAUUCUGGAACAGCAGGAAAAGCUUCACUUGCCAUCUUACUGCUCCCCUCCCUUGUGUUUCUACUGCUCCCUUAGAUCAGAGAGUGCUAUUCAUUAAACAUUCAGGUGCUAGGCAAUGUGUUGUCCCCUUUGUAGUGUCACUGGUGCUGUCACAUAUUGCCUGCUUGCUUUUGUAGAAUUUAUUGGAGCUAGGUCAUAUAUCCCCUGCCCAAUCUGUUAUUCUUAGAGAUGCCAGUUACAGAAACCCUUUAUUUUCUUUCAUACACCUAUCGCUUCCAUCCUAGAUUUAUCAGGUCUCCUCUAUUUUUUUAUCCCUAGAGGUAACUCCAUUUUCUUACUCUAAAAAUCCAAGGUUUAGAGCCUUCAUCUUACUGAUAGACACCAAGAUCUAUCUACAGAGCAGUUACUCUAGAUACAGUUCUGAACGAUUGCUAUGUCUGUGUGUUUUCCUUUUGCAUUUUGUGGUAUCCUGACAUAUUCCCUGUCCAUGUCUUCAGGCACCAAUAUGGCUAAUAUUUCAUUUUGUGUGGUGCCCCCUUCAUUGCAAUAAGUCAAACCUUGUUUAGUACCUGAUACCCUUUUUGUUGGGUAUCCCAAGGUACCACACCCAUACCAAGUCUACUGACUUUUUCCCAAGGUGUCUUAUGGAGUCAUCUCUGUAUUUCAUGGAAGUAACACAAUAGUUCCUCCUCUGUAGUCCAUAGAAGUAGUAUCUCUGUAACUUUCUAUUAGACACUUGCAGAAUGCAUAUUACCUGCAGUAGAUCGUUGUCAUUCUAAAAACUAUUUCCUAUCAAAUUAAAUAAGUUCUAGACAACUUUGUCACACCUA